CAGAUCAACAACAUUAAGACAACAACAAAAAUGUUGAUGUAAACAAAUUCCUGAGCGAAUACCGCGGCAAGUGUACAAGCCAAUGCAUCGUCAGAGAAAAUUAAUUGCACUGUGGAAAGAAAGGGAAUUAUUCUUAAUUACGCCAAAAUUCGGUGAUUUUACAGAAUGUCGUUACAUUUUAUAUGUUUGACUGCAACAGGUGGUGUUCCAAUAUUUUCACGUAAAAAAGGAGACUGUGAUGCGCUUCCAUUUUCAACGGUGGGUUCAUUGAACGGUUGCUUUUUGUUUUGUAAAUCACAAGGUGCACAAUUGAAUAGCACAUACUUGGAAGAUGACACUGUUGUUGUGUGGAAAGAUUUUGAAAAUUGUUUCACGAUGAUCGGCAUUGGAAAGGGCUAUACGGAAAAAGUGAUUCGGGAUUUUUUGGACGUUGUCUUCAAUGCCACCAUAUUUUCAAUUGGAUUGAAUGAAGUGAAGCACAACAAAAAUCCGGAACAAUUAAAGAGAGAGCUUAAACAUAAAUGCUAUCCAAUUGUGGAUAAAAUUAUGGAAAACAUCGACUCUGAUUUGCUAAAGCUAACCGAUUGUAUAAUUCCAAGCGGUGGAACAGAGAUAUUGGCCCGAUUGAAUGAGUUCAGUGAUCAAGUUGGUUCGCCGUUUUGUUGUGUGGUAAUGUCACGUCAAAAAGUAGUUGCUGGCACCGAAGGCUGGUGGGAUUUAAAUGUGAUUGAUCGCAAAUUGCUCAUUACAAUAUUGAGUGUAUCAAAUUCCGUUCAGGUUGAUGUGCCCGUUUAUUUGCCGAAAAAGAGUCCAAACAUCGCAUACCGUUUUGUCUGCAUUCCCAUAUUUCAGAUGAUAAGUGUUUGUGUUGUUUGUGGUGCUGAACCACAAUUUUCCGACGCCGCAAGUUUGGUGCAGCACAUUUGGCGAAACGAUCUGGAGUUACUGCGUAAUGCAAAGCUAUGUUAUCCACGAAAUUUUUCCACAAAUUUACCACAAUUUGAUCCAAGUAUUUUGGGCAUUCUAUUGGUGAAUCGAACCCAUUCGAAAUAUGUGAUGUCAAGGAAUUUACAGCCGGCCGUUGGGAAUAAGCGAGUUAUCAACACUGGGGGUCAUCAUCGAUUGGAUAUUUUGAGAACAUUUUUUCAUCAAGCAGUCGAUGUAAUCGAUGCAUUUUUAUGUGACGAAAGUAAUUCAAUAUUGGCGCCGCAAACAAGCCCAUGCAAAACACUCGAAUCUUAUUGGACACUCGAAUAUCACAAAUGCCAUUCGUAUAUAUCUGGCGAAAAUCUCAUCUGCAUUUUAUACGCUUCUUCAAUACCAGUUCAUACAAUGAGGUUGAUUACACAUAGGACAUUAAACAUUAUUUUAUCUGAAAAAGACAUUGCUUGGUAAAUGGUAACCAAUUCAUUUUGACGCUGAAUGGUUUUAAUACAAAUUGUUGGUGAUUAGCAGUUGGGGCAGUAAAUUCUAUUCAAUUUACGGAGUUCUAUUGAUUUUUCAUGGAAAAUUCGCUUUUUAUUAAUUAUUCGAUUUACAAUCAUUCUCAUAAUUCAGAACAAUGUGUUUGAAGCACACAUACCAGUCUAUUUGGCCAAUAACAAAAUAUUUUCUUUUCUUUUUUUUAUUCGAUCAAAAUUCUAUUAUG